AUGCAUUCUGGGAGCCUCCCUGGUCCUCCCAACUCCUCACAGCUCCAUCAAGCUCCGAUGGCUGCUGCUCCGGCGGUGGUGAGCAGCUCCGGCCCGGCGCUGUGCCCCAGCUUCGCGGAGGUCUGCUCGUUCCUGGAGCGGUACGGAGCCGCGCUGGACCUGCCCGAGAUGACCUUCUCCCAGAUGGAGCGCUAUCUGCGGGACACGACGGCAGUCCCUAAACCUCUGGUGGAGCUUCACGUGAAGCUGCUCAGGAAACUUGGGAGGUCUGUAACGACGGACCGCUGGGAGAGGUACCUGGCUAAGGUUUGCCAGGAGCUGAACAGUACUUGGGCGUGGGAGCUGGAACAGAAGGGCUACCAGGAUAUGUCCAUGGAGUGCAAGUCCAGCAUCCUAAAAUAUCUGUGCGAGUGUCAGUUUGAUGACAACCUGAAGUUCAAGAUGGCGAUUAAUGAGGAGGAGCCAGAGAAGAUGCGUCUGCAGCCGAUAGGCCGGGACCAACAGGGCCUGAUGUACUGGCUUCAGUUCGACCACGAGCAGAACAUCCGGCUGUACACGGAGGAGCAGGACGACCUGGACGGAUCCACCUGGCAGUGCAUCGUCAGGAAUCGUAACGAUCUGGCUGAAGCUCUGGACCUGUUGAAGGCUCAGAUCAGUCCAGGCCCGAAUCCAGAACCGGACCAGAACCAGGCUGGAUCCAGGAGCAACAGCCCCACAGAGAAAGUUGCAGGGGAUGAGGUAAUAGGAAGCACUGACCCCGAAGCCUCCAAGACCACAGAGGAACCCGCUGAGGGAGAGACCUGCGACCCCAUAAAGGAAGAGAAACCCCUCAGACCAGAGCUGAAGGAGGAGCCGAUGCAGCCAAUAGAGGGAGAGAACACAGACGCUGAGGUAAAGGAAAAGAGGACGGACCACAAACCCCCUGUGUUCGAUAACCGGGUCAGCACCAUCACCACCGUCGUCAAAUCUGAAUCCAGGGAACCCGACGCCCCCAAAAACGCUGUGUCGGUUGUGAUGGCACCGGGCACGACUGUGAUAAAACAGGAAGUCAACAAGGAAGAGGAGGCAGGGCGGGCCGUUGUCAGGAGCAACCAGCAGGCAAAGAUACCACUGAAGAAGAGGGAGCUGAAGCUGGCUGAGAGCUACCAGAGCAGCCACCUUAACAACAGCAGCAGCAGUAUUAUAGUUUGUAACCCGUCAGUGAUCCAGAGCAAGGACAGUCACAGAAGAGAGGGGAAGUUACUUAACUCAGUAGCACCCCCUUGUGCUCCCUCCAUGUCACAACAGCAGCAGUUAGUGGUCAGUGCAUCGAAGCAGGAACUGACGAAUGGGAGAGCGUCUGUGCUCCUGCCUCACAAAGACGGACAGAAUGGAGUCAUAGGGGUCAUAGGUCAAGUCGGUGUAAUAGGUCAUAUCGGGGUCAUCCGCAGUCCGUCGGAGCGCCACAGAGCGCCCGGCGCCGAGCAACAGGAACCGAACGGGCCAAGUGUCGACCAGCGGAGCUCCAGAGCUGCGGAGGACGAGCGGGAGGUGAGCCGGCAGUCGGUGCUGGUGAGGAAGGGACCGGCUGAGGGUGACACGUCGGCCUCAGCUGCCGGCGCUCUCCCUCCUCGUGUGGCCAAGGAGGCUCCAACACCCGGGAAGCUACUCGUGACAUCAUCAAAGUCUGAUCAAGCGCCUAAAGCUGUAGAGAGAGAAGCGGAGGAUGCUGUUAGCGUUUCUUCACUGUCUCAGGCCACGGAGGAACCCAAGAGGCCGACGACAGAAGACCUGUGCAAAAAAGCAACAGAGGAACCAUCGGAGAAGGAGACAGAAAGUCGUCCGCAGAAAGGUGAUGACGUGGACGAGAGGGAGGGGAGGAGAGGAGAAGAGUCUGGGACAGAGGAAGGAAGUAAGGAUAACAAUGAAAAGAGUAAGAGCCCUUUGGGGAAGAUGGAGGCAGAGUCAGGGGGCGCCGUCCCUCCUCUCAGAGUGGAACAGAGAGAUGAAAACGACCACCUGGAGCACAAGGGAGAAGGGGUCAGUGAUGAGCAGGCUGCCCAGGUCAGGGUGAAGGACACCGGGCUGCGGUCAGAGGGGAAGCAGGGUCCCCUGGAGGAGGCGUCCUCCGAACUCCAGAAAGAAGGAAUCAGGCUGAAGAUCAAGAUUCCUCCUCACAGGAGAAACAAGUUAAGGAAAGGUGGGAAAGAGGGGGAGAAGGAGAGGGAGCAGGAGGCCGAAGAGGACGGGAGGCAGCUGAGGAGAUCAACCAGGAUCUGCAGAUCCUCUGCUUUGCCAACCUGCAGGCCGAGCUCCAAGGUGACCGAGAGCCAGAAGAAGAAACCCCAAAAAAAACAGGCACUUCCCUCCAGAACAGGGGAAGAAGAGGAGGAGGAGGAGGAGGAUGAAGAGGAGGAUGAAGAGGAGCAGAGCUCAGCUACAAAGAAAGACAUUAAAGCAGAAGUGGCUGGGCAGAUUAGAAAACGAAGGGGCAAACGAAGGCAUCGACCGCGGUGGUCCAACAUCCGCUCGAAGAGACGCAAACUGACCGAAGGGAGGGAGGCGGAGGAGGGAGGGAGGAAACCAGGAGAGGAGGAGAGCGAGGGAGGGAGCGACUCAGAAGAAUCUUGUAAAUCAGAGGAGCUCCCCCUUGAGGAUGCCUGUAGUCACUGUGGCCUGCCCAACCACCCGGAGCUGAUCCUGCUGUGUGACUCGUGUGACAGUGGAUACCACACCGCCUGUCUGCGCCCACCGCUCAUGUUGAUUCCAGAUGGACAGUGGUUCUGUCCGCCCUGUCAACAUAAACUGUUGUGUGAGAAACUGGAGGAGCAUCUGCAGACUCUGGACAGUGCUCUGAAGAAAAGAGACAGAGCAGAGAGGAGGAGAGAGCGUCUGGUGUUUGUGGGAAUCAGUGUGGAGAACAUCAUUCCUGAGGGGGACGAGGAGCCGGAAGAGAAGUCCACAAAGAAGAAAGACCCCAAAAAGAGUAAAAAUCUGGGCCGAAGAUCGACCAGAACCAGGAAGAACAUCAGCUACAGGUUUGACGACUUUGACGAUGCGAUCGAUGAGGCGAUAGAGGAAGACAUCACUGACCUGUGUGCUGGAACCGAGCGCAGCAAAGACGUCCCCCCCAUCCUGCCCGAGGACAGGAAGGAGAGCCAGCGGCCAAUCAGAAGCCAAGCUCACUCUGUCAGGAGCAGGAAGAAGAGGAGGCUGAACGACCUGGAGAGCGACAGCACGGCCGCGGAGAGUGAGGACGAGUUCCAGCUCAGCAACAGCUCUGACGAUGAAGAGUUCGCUGCCACGGGGGCGGAUGACGAUGAGGAGGAGGAUGAAGACGCCGGCAGCGAGGUGGGCAGCUGGGACAGUGCGACCCGCCCCAAGCGGCCGCUGAGGGGGGCGGCGCCCAAACAGCGCCCCAGCAAGAGCCAGCGCCGGGGGAGGAAACGACAGCGGCGGCGGCGGAGACACUCCUCCGAGGAAGAGGAGGAGGAGAGUGAAGAGGAAAUAGACUCGGAUCAGUACAGCGACAUGUCCGACAGUGAGGCUGACAAAAAGAGGCGUGGCCUGAGGCGCGGCCAGCGGCAGCAGGUCAACUACCGCGAGACGUCCGAGUCGUCGGACAACUCCAAGGCCUCGGCCACCAAGAAGCAGGUCAAAGGUCACGGCCGGCCGACCAGGGAGCAUCUCUCCAGCGACUUCAGCGACGCGUCCCGUUCCUCCAGAGACUCGGCGGACGAAGAGGAGGACGAAGACGAAGACGAGCGGAGAGCGAACAGGAGGAGAAAGGAGGAGAAGGACCAGGGGAGGAACAGGGUGAAGGAGAAGCGGAGGAGAUACCGAGAGAAGGAGGACGACAGAGAGAGAGAGAGAGAGAGAGGGAGUCGGCUGAAGAGGAAACAGCUGGAGAAGGAGGAGGAGAAGCGGAGGAGACUAAAGAGGACAGACAGAGAGGAGGAGGACAUGGAGAAGAUGGGCAGAGGACGGAGGAGAGAGAUUCUGUCUCAGCAGCGGCGCCGGCGACUCGCUCAGAUGCUGAAGAAGCGACGGCCUUCCACGGAGGAUGACGAUGAUGAGGAGGAGGAGUCUGAGGAGUCCGACUCUUCAUCGGAGGAAGAUCGUCCCGUCCGCAAGAGACUGAACCGCAUCGACUCGGAUGAUGAUGAGGAGGAGAAGGAAGAGGAGGAGGAGGAGGAAGAGGAGGAGGAGGAGGAGGGAAGACAGAAGGCGACGACCAAGAAGUCUUCUUCAGUGGAGAGGAGGUCGGACAGCGAAGCUCAGGAAAAGGGGCGGAGCUUGUCUCCGUCAGACGUUCACCGGACCUCCAGAGGACCCUUGAAGCCCGGGGCUGGAAGUCCCUCGGAACCCAGGGACAGUGACGCUCCAGGCAGGCAGGGCAAGCUCAACGGCCCCCCCCAUCCAGACCAGGAGGAGGAGGAGGAGGAGGAGGAGGAGGAGCAGCAGGAGGAGGAGGAGCAGGAGGAGGGGGGGCAGACAGACUCAUUGAACAGUCCACAGUCAUGA